AUGGUGUUUGAUUCUCAGAGCCAAUCGGAUUGCUCUUCCAACCCGAUUCUUUGGAAUUCGAUUCUCAGAGCUAAUGUCUCCGGUGAGUGGUAUGAAAACGCUCUCAAUUUGUAUGCUAGAAUGCGCAAGUUUGGAAAUUUAGGCGAUGGUUUCACUAUCCCUUUGGUGAUUCGGGCGUGUAGAAACCUGGGUUGUCGAAGCAGCAAGAGUUCUAGACUGUGUCAGAUUGUUCAUUCUCAUGCUAUUGAGGCUGGUUUCCGAACCCAUCUCCACGUUUCGAAUGAGUUGAUCGGGAUGUAUGCGAAACUGGGACGGAUGGUUGAUGCACGCAAAGUGUUCGAGAGAAUGCGUGUUAGAACCACUCUGUCAUGGAAUAUGAUGGUUUCCGGGUAUUCCUUCAAUUGUGAUGCUGUUGCUGCCCUUGAUAUCUUUCGAAGGAUGGAGACCGAAGGAUUGGAACCUAAUCUCAGACCUGAUAUAGUUAGCUGGAGUGCUGUAAUAAGUGGCUUUGCCACGAAUCAGAGAGAAGAAGAGGCACUGAAUCUCUUCCGACGAAUGCAUAGUGCCGCCAACGUGACAGCAAAUGCUGUCAUGAUUUGCAGCGUUUUGUCAGCAUGUGCAGAGUUAUCAGCACUGAAUCUCGGGAAGGAAAUCCAUGGAUACAUGAUAAGAACAUUCCUGAGCAACGAGCUUCUUGUUUCAAACAGCUUGGUUGAUAUGUACAUGAAAUGUGGGAACCUGAAGGAAGGCCAUUUAGUGUUUGAGAGAACUGAGGGUAAAGAUGUGAUUUCAUGGAACUCCAUCAUCAAAGGAUUUGGGAUGUAUGGACUUGGCAUCAAAGCUCUACAGAUGUUUGAUCGUAUGAUCACUUCUGGCCAUCAGCCGGAUGGGAUAACCUUUGUUGCGAUUCUCUCAGCUUGUAGUCAUGCUGGACUUGUUGACCAAGGCCGUUUGCUUUUUAAUAAUAUGGUUUCCAAGUAUGGAAUUGAACCAGGGAUGGAGCACUAUGCUUGCACAGUGGAUUUGUUGGGUCGGUCAGGUUUCCUUGAAGAGGCAAGCGAAGUUGUUAAGAAGAUGCCGAUGGAGCCUAAUGAUUGUGUGUUGGGUGCUCUGUUGAACUCAUGUAAAAUGCAUACUAACACGACUUUUGCAGAGAAUGUUGUGUCUCGAAUGUCAAGUCUUGUAUCUGAGCGUCCUUGGAGCUGUACGUUGAUGAUGAAUAUAUAUGCAGGUAGUGGUAAGUGGGAGGAUUCUGCCAAGGAGAGAGCCUCUGCGAGGAGUAAAGGGUUGAAGAAAGCUGCUGGGCGGAGCUGGAUUGAGGUGAAGAAGAAGUUCCAUAAGUUCGUGGCAGGGGAUUGCUUGGAGGAGAAGAAUUCAGGGGAGAUCUUUAGGGUUCUUGGGGGACUGACGAAUCAGAUGGAGGAUAUCAGUGAUGACUAUGUCAUCUUUUUGAAGUUGAUGAUGUUGGACUAA